CCGUAAUUGAAUCUAGAAUCUUUCUUUGCCCACGAUCCCGAUUCUCGGGUCCCUUCCAGUACCACAUAACCUCGAGCUUGCUAGAAAGGCUAGUUCAGGACAUGUCAGAAAACCAAGAGCUCCACCAGUGCCCGGUGUGUUCCAAGCGGUACAAGCGGCGGGAGCAUCUACAGCGACAUUGGACCUCCCACGGGACAUCCCGACCCUACCGGUGUAGCCAGUGCAGCAGGACCUUUCAGCGGCAUGACGUGCUGAACCGCCAUGCCCGGACCUGUGAGGCCAGGGCUAAGGGCUUGAUGGCCCCAUCCGCUAGGAGGCGAGCUUGUGACCUGUGCGUUCGACAGAAGAAGGCAUGCACCUCAACCCAACAGUGUCAGAACUGCGAGAGGCUGUCUGUCCCUUGCACAUAUUCCUUCGCCACGGCAAAUUCCGGGGAGGGACGUGACGACCAUAUAUCUCGGUCCGGCGUCCAAGUCGAGGGCGAGAGCGAGUCGUGGACUGAGGGCAUGACGAUAUCCAGCGUUGACGACCCCAGCCCGGCCGGCGCAGGCGCUACUGCCUUUGAGGACCUCAGCGCUGUCAUCUUCGGCAACCCCUCCGAGUUGGACUUCCCGGACACGACGAGCACCAACGCGAGCUGGCUGGAUUUUCUGAACCUCAUGUCCGACGUCCCUGUGUCGGAUGGGCCGUCGCAUCGGGAGCUUGCUACUCAGAAGCAGGCCGAGAACGUGAGCUACUCGUUCAAGUUCUUGCACAACUUCACCAGCCGGACUGGGUUGAUUCAGUCCUUCGACUGCGGAACGCCGGCGUUGCGAGAACAGACCCUUUCGGCCUUCCUUCAGCAGCAGCAGCAGGUAGGGGGUGAACCAUCCACCCCCACGGCGACCCUCACGGGCUAUGCGGAUGUUGUGACUGUCCCGGUAUUAUCAGACAGCCUGGUUCCAGCCGUGUCCGUCAUACCCGCUCCCCCUAUUCGCAACUCGUGGCUUCACGAUCCCCUGAUGAUCAAGGUCCAUCAAAUCGUCGUUCGCGCAAGAGAGGUAGUGAUAGCCAAGCCACGGAACAGCGCAGUAACGGUGGAGUGGUCGCCUCUGUUGGAGCAGAAAUGCCUCGAUUUCUUCUCGCCGAAUAAUGUUCGAAGGUUCCUUGCCUUGUAUUGGAGUAUAUGGCAUCCCAAUGUCAACUUCGUCCACCGACCAACAUUCGAUCCGUCCACUUCCAAGUCGAUCCUCCUUGCUGCUAUGGCAGUAAUAGGUGCAUCAAUGUCCCCCGACCCCGUCGACAAAGAACAUGCCAAGGCAUGGUUCAACUGUGUAGAGGAGAUGGUGUUCAGCGACGACGAUCUCUGUUCCGAGCCGCUCUACACCUGGGAUACCGGCAUUUUGAUCCCUGCCACUCAAAGACGCAAGGUUCAGGCCCUUCAGGCUGCAUACAUCGUCUGCCUCUACCAGAACUGGGAAGGCACUGAUACCAGCAAGCGACGGAUUCGCCGCUUUCGGUACAGCACCGUCGUCUCGGUUGCUCGAGAUAUUGGACUUUCGUCUGCGAGACACCAGGACCACAGCAAGCAGAUUGGCUGCGAAUUCGAGUGGAAGAGUUUCGCCGCGAAGGAAGAACUGAUCCGAACGUUCCUCUGGAUAUUCCUUCUCGACCACGCGUUUGUCAUAUUCAACAAUCUCCCGCCCCGAACGGUGAUUAAGGAGAUGAAGAUGCACCUUGCCCGUCCUGAAGCUUGUUUCCAAGCGGGGACGGCAGAGGAGUGCCUUGAAGAAAUAAAGAAAUGGUCUUCCAGGUCACCCUUCGUAUCUACCUUGACGCUCCGCGAAGCAGUAGAGAUGGUCUGCAAAGGCGGGAUGAGUGAAGAUAUGCAUCAGAGCCUUGCUGAUAUGGGUCCGCUCAAUCUCUUCGCCGUUGUAUCGGCUUUCCACUCUCUCAUCUUCCAGCAUCAAAACUCGUUUGGAGGAGACGGCCACUUGGUGUCGAUUCGGAACGCUCUGAGUAACUGGAAGUCCAUCUGGGAAUUCUACUCCAGCAAAUUCUCAUCGGUUCCUCCACACGCAAUGCUCGCUAGAGAUAUGCCCCUGACACCGGAAAAUGCGUGGAGACGGAUCGGGUUCAUGCGCCAUGCUCCCGAGUUCUGGUUGCUGGCGAGCGCCAUCAUGGGCCGGCUGACACGUGAAGAUCCAUGGCCGCGACAUGAGAGCUCCUGGACGGGGAACCAGACCGAGUUGCCGCUGUCCUCGCCAGGCACGGCAACCCCCGAUCGGAUUCUAAAGCAGUACGAUCAGACAAGUAUGCGGCAAGUCAACGAGCUUAUAAGCGAGUUUCAGAAGGUCCAACUACACCCGAACGAAGAUUGACGCACAAUGAUUAUCAGGGCAAGGCGGUCGGGUGUGCUCAUCAUGAUUUAUAUAUGUCCGGAUGAUACCAAAUGGGGGUGUUAACGGGGUGGAAU